UUUUUUUUUUCCUUUCUUUCCUUGUUUCUUUCUUUCUUUGUUUCUUUCUUUCUUUUAAAAAAAAAGUUUCAGCAACAGUGGAUAUCUAUACAUCUCCCGGCAUGCUCGGUCCUAGUCCUGGCCAAGCCCCAACGCCUGCAAUGACACUCCCUCCUCUUCGGGAGUUGGACAGGGCUCUCGGACCUGAAUCAGAUCAGGCCUGCAUCAGCAUUCACCACUCUGCAACUCCUCCUCAACCUCGUUCGCAAUCAUCCGAUCCUCAUCUUCAUCAGCACUUCCAUCAACAACGCCCCCACUCAUCUUCAUACUCCCAACGAGAACAGGAACAGUACCACCAACAACAACAGCAACAACCACCAUUCUCUUCAUCCCCGCAAGGUUAUCAGCCUCAUGACCAACUCAGUCGUUAUUCUUCUACAGCCUCAUUACCAGACUUGUACAUGAGCUCGCCUUCUGCCCCACCAUCUACUACCACCAGUUCAAGUCUUUCCAGAGUCGAUUCUAUCUCUACCAUGGACUAUCUUCAAAACAAUGCCCAGAGCAAUCGCCAUCGCUCCUCCAUCGGCGCUUCUUCUACUCAGUCACAGCCCUCUACUUUGCAAGGUCAACAACCGCAACAACAGCAAUCACAACAACAGCAGCAAAAUGAUGCUGAUCCAAAGAAUAACAAUAAUAGUAACAAUAGUAAUAACGGUAAUGGUACCUCAGGAACAGGCACUGGCGCAAAAGAAAACGGUGCUGGGAAAACAGAACAAGGUCGGAAUUCAAGCAAACGUGCUGCUCAAAAUCGUGCUGCCCAAAGAGCUUUCCGACAACGUAAAGAUCUCUAUGUUAGAGAGUUGGAGCGAAAGGCUGAACUGCUGCAGGCGGCAGAGACACAGCUCAUGACGUUAGCAGCCCGUAAUCGAGAAUUGGAGGCCAUGGUUGCUGCUCAUCAGCAGCAACAGCAGCAGACACCCUCUUCUUCUUCUCCUCUUCCCUCACCACUUCCUCAGCAAGAGGGCCCUGGAGCAUCCCUCGGCCGAGGUGAGCGCGAAUGGGAUCGGGAACGAGAAUGGGCUCGAGAACGGUCCUUCGAGAGUGGUGGUCCUCCCUAUGAUCAUUUCCAUUCCUCACGUCCUGCUCUUGGCCGUCAUUCCUCUGCCCAGCAUCUGCGACAGGCCUAUCAUGCAUCCUCCCCUCCAUUGUCGAAUGGCUCUUCCAAACACCUGUCUCUGAACAGCAAAUUAUCAUCACAAUUUCAUCAUCAGCGUCCCGAGUCUGACCAAGAAAUGGAGAUUCAGGGGCGUCCCCAUCGUCAUCUCCAUCGUCAUCCUUCCGAAUCCUGUUUGAACUUGAGCCGGCCAGGUUCGUUUGCCAACCCAAUGGACAGCAAGGAGGAGGAUUAUGGUCAUCGAACACAUAGCUUCCGAGGAUCUAUGGACUCCCGUGAUAUGGCCUCCCCCUCUUCCAGUAACAAAUCCCCAUUAUCAAUCUCCUCAGCACCUUAUUCCUCCUCUGGACCACAUGAUUCCCCAGCGCAUCAUUAUCCAAGCUCGCCUCUCUCGCCAACGCAUGACCGGACAUCGCUCUAUACCUCAAGAGACGCGUCACGACCUACAGGCCAUGGCGGCUCUGGAUCAAUGUCUUCACCUACAGGUAGCACAGGACCUGCGGAUGGACCUUUUGGUGGCAAUGGCACCCCUUCCUCCUCUGCAAUGAAUUAUGAUUUAAACAAGAAGCGUCCUAGUGAUGGAACUGUCAACUGGUCAUCGGGCUCUCCAUCGUCUGAACUGUACAGGAAUGUCCAAGCUGCCGAUCCUUAUUCACAUCCUUAUCACCAUGCAGUCAAGAAACAAUCCAGCUGGAGCUCACUUUCUGAACAGCGUAGGCUCCAUGCCAUCAAGAAACAACCCAGUUGGGGCUCCAUCUCGGAGCAUCGUCAGCACUGGCGAACCAAGACUGAGAGCCCAGAGUUGUCUACAGCAGAGACUCGAUUCGGAGGCAGCGCGCCUUCCUUACCAAGGAUUCCAUCCCAGUUUUCACAACGGCCUCCUCCUCCACAACAACAACAGGGGUUCGAACGUGAUUCAUAUCCACCUUCUUCACCGGCUAUGGGACCCACUAAUAACAAUAAUUCACAAGCACCACCACCACCACCACCACUUUCUUCUUCAGCCUCAUCCUCCACUGGAGCAUUCCCCUAUUCACCCACAAUCCAACAUUCACGACAGCCUUCUGAUUAUUAUAAUAAUCAUGCACGAUCCCAUCGUGAUGCGUCCCAUGGACCAUCCGAUAUGGAGAUUGUUCAAGAAGGAGGAAACGGCGGUACCAAUGGUGGUUACUCUCGUCCAGGAGGUUAUGAGACAAAUGAUCCAUAUGAUGUUGAAAGAGAGGAGAGGUAUAAUGGUCGACCAGAAGUCACUACCGGCUAUGCUACUCGCAUGGGAUCACCUUGAGUUUUUUUAUACUUGCUUUUUUUGACUUUUGAC